GUUUCUUUAUUUGUACUUUAUUCAAAAGGCGCAUCACUAAACUCCGUCAUCAACAAUCUGAUUAUCAUGGAAGCUCUGUAUUUAACAGCAGAAAAGUUUAAGUUACCUAAUGCUGGAAAGUGUAUGGUCAACGAAUAUAAAGAGAAAGUAAAAUUGCAGGCAGAAGAGUUGGUACUUAAUAUUUUUCCACAGAAAAUAUUAGAACUUGAAGCUCUUCUAAAGACUGAAAAAUUCACCGUUACAGAUUUAUCAUCCAUUCAUUGUGAACUCAACAUUCCUAUUCCAGAUCCUCCUUAUGUAAAUCAUGAUACAGAUGAAAUUCCUACGAAGAAACGAAAAUUUAACGUUUUAUCGAAUGAUAUACCUGAAGUACAAGGAACGAAAGUUCUACUUCUUCCCAAUGGUACAGUGCCAUCCAAUAAUCACAUAGUUGGUGUUGUAGAAUUAGUAAAACCACGUAUUCAACAGUUAGUUGAAGAUGCUAAUGUGUUGAAAAUGUGGAUACAGUUUUUAAUUCCAAGGAUUGAAGAUGGCAAUAAUUUUGGAGUAUCAAUACAGCUUCCUGAUGUCUGACUUCACGAAACUCCUUUACACGUCCGUCAGAGUACUUUUUCUGUUGUUGGGCACCAA